CUGUCAACGUCAAUCAAUCAAUAUAUAAAAAAAAAAAACAAAAUCCAGAAAAAAGAAAACAAGAGAAAUUAAAAUCAUUUAUUUUUAAAUAAAAGAAAUAGUAAUACAAAUAUGAGUUCUGUGACACUCUGCCGAUGUUGUCUCGUACGCCCUCCUGAUAAAGAUCUCAAAGAAAUAUAUAAAAAUCUCGGGCGAACGGAAGUCUACGCUGACAUGCUCAAGGAAUGCUUUGAAAUUCAUGUAAAGCUAAAACUGGGCGACAGUGAGGGUGACAGCGGUAUAUGUGAGAUCUGUGUGUCACGGCUCCGAGACUCGUAUGACUUCAAGCAUCAAGUGCAGCAGUGCCAGAGGGAGUUUCAGAAGAAGCUUACGGCCGGCCUCAGUGUUGUAGAUGAGAAAAUGCCAUUAGUUAAGGAGGAGGUCGUGGACCCGGACGAUGAUAAUGACAUAUUUUUCAUGGACCUCAAAAUGGAGUAUUCAGACUACGACAUGAAGGAGGAAGAUGACAAGAAUCUAUCAGAAAUGCUGCGCUUCUCCAACGUAACAGUGAAGAAGAAGAAGAAAAAUGGCCGAACACUGGACUUACAGAAAAGCCGCGAUCGCAAAGCGAAAAAGGUGCUGACGGGCCCAUUGAAAAUAUCACUGAAAGCAUUUUCGGAUAAAAUAAAAAAUCCAGCUUUAACCGACAUGCAUUUCCUUAGCGAAAACAAAAAACACAAAUUAAACGUUGAAAACGUGCUGAAAUACUCCAACGCCACACCAUUCUCAAAUAAAACUCUGUCGGGCAUAGUCUGCGCUUACUGCAAAGAAUCGUGCACAGGUCCAGACGAGCUGCGCGCGCACACACAAGAAACUCACAAAAACUCCGAACUAAACGACAAUAAGCGUAUCGACAAAAACAAUUUGUCUAUUAAAAUGGACAUAACAGAUCUUAGAUGCGUUCUUUGCAACACAAAAGUCGACGUGAUUCGAAAUUUGAAAACGCAUUUAAUAAAAGAACACGACAUAAAAUUCUAUCCGGAUGUUUGUGAUUACAUUUUAGAAUUCAAAUUAACGGCCGGCGAGAUUUUAAAUUGCGCGUUAUGUAAUUCCACAUUCGAAACUUUCAAAACUUUAUUACAGCAUAUGAACAAUCAUUAUAGGAAUUAUAUUUGCGAUGUGUGCGAUUUAGGUUUCAUAAACAAGCACAGACUUAAAAAUCACAAAAGAACACACGAAAUUGGUACGUUCAAGUGUUCAGUGUGCGAAAAAGUGUUUAGUACGCGCGUCAGGAUGAUGUGCCACGAGAAAUAUACACAUAACACAAACGCUAGAUACACUACGAACUGUCCGCAUUGUAAUCAAUCGUUUACGAGUUAUUAUCAACGGAACAGGCACAUGUUUCAAGAGCACAACACAACCGCUGCAUCGUACAAGUGUAAUAUAUGUGACAAGUCUUUUAUAUUGAAAUCAAAACUAACGUCUCAUAUAAAAAAGGUUCAUUUGAUGGAGAGAAAUCAUGUAUGUGCGGAGUGCGGUCAAGGAUUUUUCAUUAAGCAGAGUUUGGACGAGCAUAUGAUAAAGCAUAACGGUGAAAGGGUGUACAAAUGCACCGUUUGUCACAAGGCUUACGCGAGGAAGAAGACUUUAAGAGAACAUUUGAGAAUACAUAACAAUGAUAGGCGAUUUAAGUGCGGUGUUUGCGGUUUGGCGUUCGUACAGAAAUGUAGUUUGAAAAGCCAUAUGUUGUCUAAUCAUGGGGUCACGUUGGCGGAGUAUGAAUCGGCCAGGGCCGAUGUGGUUAGCCCUUGAAACUUUCAAAAAACAGUUCAAAUUGGAGAGGAGACAGAGAGAAGUUACGGGUUUGCGUUACUCGCUGUCGAGUCGUGAAGUGUGACCGAGCAGCCGACCAAUUUGCGGUGUCGUUGUCGUCGCGUCACAAUGGCGCACUGUGAUAGGCUUAGCUAGCUCCUAACGCGAAUCCUCGUGCCACACGAGUUUGUACACCAAUCUGACUCGUGUAUAGUAGUUUUCAUCGACCACCACUUGCUUCCGGUGAAGGAGAACAUCGCGAGGAAACCUGCACACUGGUGGACAGUUUAGUUCACUAGUGUGCACGCGACUACCUGCCACUAGAUGGCGGUGGGUAGCCGUAAAAGUCAUGUCAUAUGCGUUUAGGCGACUUGAAUAAAAUGUGACACCAGUGUUAGCAAUUACACACUCGAAAAGAAGAACGCGAAUCGACUCGGUGGUGUGAUAUAAAUGGCAAAGUCGCACAACGUACACAACGUGCUUCCGGCGUAAGCAAAAUGAAGUGCGAAACGAAGAGAAACAUAGUGAAUCGAAAAUAAAUACCUACAACUUUUUCAAUUAAAAUUCAAUAUUAUAUAUUCAAUUUAUAUAUACAACACUUUAUUAUUUAUUAGGCGUAGUACGUAGAGCAAAUUUACUAUUCACAUCGAGUCGAUUCACGGUGAGACAGCCAACCAAUCACAGUUAGCUAUUGUGACGCGACGACAACCGCACCGCAAUGUGAUUGGUUCGCUGCGACUCACUUCGAUAGUGAGUUGCACUUCGCCCCAGGGAUGUGCAAUACUUGUAUGAAACGUUUUACAAGCAGUUGUUUUUGGUCGGAUAUAUGCGACACUCGCGAAAUUGACACGAGAAUGUUUGUCGGAAUAAUCCGACGUUCGCUUUGAAAGGGUUAAGAUUCUCAUCGCGUCUGUUAUUGUAAUAUGUAAGUAAUCAUGAUUACAUUUAUUGUGAUCUCUAAAUCAAUAAGCAAAUGUGACGUUCCACGUGUAUAGGUAAGAGCUUAUGGUCGAUUUUUCUGUAAUCUGCAACUCAAGAACUGUUCUGUGGGCGAAGUGCGAGUUUGCCUUUCACUUCUCACCAUCGAUUCGAUUAGAAGUUAGACGCAGCGAACCAAUUGACGCAACGACAACCACACUGCAAUGUGAUUGGUUCGCUGCGUCUCACUUCGAAUCGAUCCGAUGGUGAUAAGUGAAAUUAAAACCCGCACUAACAGCUCUGAUCAAAAUUAAGAAUACACACGAAGAAACCCAUUCAUUACCUUUAUUCGUGGAAAAUAUUUUUUGUUUUUGUGUUGAAUGGACGUAUCCGUAGCCAUUUAAAGGUCCCCACUACGUCCUUACGGAUAGAUGUAUAUAAUCAUGAUUUAAAAAUUGUAAUUACGAUUGAUGAUUACAAAAUUGUAAUCAGUAAUCUGAUUACUUUUUUUAUUAUACACAUUUGCUGUCAACGACAGUCAUUGGAUACUUUAACCCGUUUAACUUCCAACGGAGAAUAUUUUUAAUUUAUUAUAAAAAAAUAUAUUAAUAUUAUAUUAUACAGAUUUUACGACUAUUAACUAAGAUUUGUAACUGUGCGGCUACCAUGAAACAUAAGACACACGGUUCUUUUUUUACACGAUGCGUACGUGAUAUUAGUCGUGUCGUGGGCGUUGUUUCAACUAAACGUUUUAUUCAACUGUUUUCCAAGCUCAACAAUAUACAACUAGUUUAAUCACAACUGCAAAAGUAGUUGGAAUGCCCAACUGGUUUGCACCAACGUAGCGCGCGGCGCGAGCGGCGAGCGGACAACUGGUUUAGUAACUGUUUGCUCCUGGAAAAAAAAAACAGUUGAGUUCCGUUGGCUCGAAAAACGUCAACGGCCCACCACGAGCUCGUGAAACAUGUUCGUGAACGACAGUAAUGUGUUUAUAUGUUUCGUGGUCAGGCCUCCCGAGUUAAUUUAUUAAUAUAUCUAACUUUGCAAAAUCGAAGUUUAUUUCUUGAUGUAAAAUAUUUUUUGUUAUAUCUUGGGAAAUAAUAUAUUUACUCAUGGCAAUAUGUCUAAUUGUUUUAUAAGUUUUCAUAUACAGAAUUUUAUUUUUCAAUUGGCAUUCUAUAUGAGCUCAAGUGCCAAGUUGUGCUAUUAAUUUUAAGUUUUCAAAAUGUUAACACAAGCGAUUAAUGUUGUUAGAAUUAUGAAAUAAUUGAUUUUGAGGUAAUUUGUUGAUUACAAUGAUUACUCUGGCGAUACCUUGCAGUUUUAUUAUUUUCAUUUCGUAAUAUAAAGUCAUUUAUAAAGUACACGUUUGACAUCUGUCAGUCUAUGGCUAAAACUGUCAAAAAAGUCUUUUGUGACCUAUCAAAUUGGUCCUACUUUAACUACCUACUAUUUAACUAAAUACUAAAAAUAAAUCUAAAAACUAUUUAAACAGAUUAUGCCGAAGAAUUAUAGUUGAAAAGUAUUACAGUUCUCCAUAGCAUAAUGUAAUCACAGUUGUCUCAAUCGAAAACUGACUAAAAAAAACAUUUUAUUAUAGAAAACUAUAAUAUUUUCUGCUAGAAUUUUAGCUUUAUGUAGGUCUGUCGGUUGAAAUAUUUUAUUAAUGGAGAUGGCGCUAGUGUGCAAAGAAUAAUCGCCUUAAAAUGUUAAACUCCGUUUUUUUUUUUUACAACAUGUGUUUAUCAUGUAAACAAACUUACCACGUCUUUUAAUGAUUUCACAGCAAUAUGAAUUAAAUUAGUUACGCGGUCAAUAAAUGUUUUACUUUAGAAUGUGUUGGUUUGAAUUGAUGUUUGUUUCGUUUUUAUCAAAAUUUUAAACUUUGUUUUACAUGUUAGCACUCGUAAGAAAAAACGUGUAUACGUAGAACUGCAUUAAAUAUAUUGUUUUGUUUUAAAUCGACAUGAUUUACGAAAUUAUACGAAAGUCGCAUUAUUUAUUUUUUAAUGAUAUUAAAGUUUUCAUUCAA